CGCCUUUUGGUGAGCUUAUUGCACAGUGUUCGACGUCUAUUAGACACCAAUCGCAAAUCUAUUGAAAAAUGAGGAUCGCUAUUUGCUUCAUGAUUUUCGGUUUCGUAGCCGUUCUUCACGCAUCUGCUAUUAAAGAAGCUGAAUCAUCUGACAAGUCUAAAAUCGACGAGCCAGCUCGUGAAAAACGUGGAUUUGCAAGCGGUGGUGGUGGUGGAUAUGGAGGCGGAGGAGGAUAUGGCGGAGGAGCCGGAGGAGGAGCUGGAGGAUAUGGAGUAGGUUAUGGUGGAGCUGCAGCCAUCGCCCAGGAAGCCGCCAAUGCCGCAAAAGCUGCCCAGAACGCCCAAGCCGGAGCUGCUUCUCAGGCCGCCCAACAAGCGCAAGCGAGCCUCGCAGCCCAGGCUGUUCAGGCUGCCCAACAAGCUCAGGCCGUAGUAGCGGCCAAACAAGCCCAGGCUGCCCAAAUUUCCCAGGCCGCACAAGCCGCUCAAGCCGCUGCAUUCGCCGAAUCUGCCCAGGCUGCUCAAGCUGCUCAGGCCGUUCAGGCUGCCGAAGCCACCAAAGUCCAGGCUUUGCAACAAGCCCAAGCUAUUGCCGCUGCUGCCAAGGCCGCUCAGUCUCACGCCGCCCAGGCUGUCGCUUCCCUACAAGCCGCUCAGGCACAACAGGCUUCUCAGGCCCAGAUGGCCUAUCAAGCCCAAGCCAACGCCCAAGCUUUGGCUUACAAGCAACAGGCUUCAUUGGCCGAUCUCGCCGCUGCCCAGCAAGCGGCCAACAAGGCGUACUCGGCCGCUCAGGCCGCUCAAGCCACAGCUGUCGGCGGUGGUGGUAGCUACGGUGGAUUCGGCGGAGGAUAUGGUGGCGGCCAUGGAGGAUGUCCUGCCUGUUAAUCAUUGACUGAAACUGACUAACAAGAUCUAUUUUACCUUAUUUUAACCUUGGAAAAAUUUUAUUUCCAAUAACCAUGUUGAUUUUUUCAUCUAAAUUCUAUCCACGCGAAGAUUGUAGAUCAAUCUACCAAUGAUAUUUUUUCCUUCAUAAUAGUAGCUUGUGUGAUAUAAGCUUCAAAUACACUACUAAAAAGUGAA